AUGAACUCGCUGCUCUUCGGCGAGAUGGCCCGCGCCUUCUCGGCGGGCGCGGCGGCCCCCGGCGGGGCGCCCUGCCCGCUGGGGCCCGGCGGCGGCCCCGGCGGCCCGGCGGCGGCGGCGGCAGCGGCAGCGGCAGCGGGGGGCCCGCCGGUGACGGCGGCGCUGCGCAACGACCUGGGCUCCAACAUCCAUUUGCUGAAGGGGCUCAACGUGCGGUUCCGCUGCUUCCUGGCCAAGGUGCACGAGCUGGAGCGGCGCAACCGGCUGCUGGAGAAGCAGCUGGCGGCGCAGCAGAGCGAGCGCGACCGCCGCCUCCGCUACAAGACCUUCUGCCGCGACCAGGCCGUGCAGACGGACGCCGUGCCCCCGCAGCCCGGCGCCGCCGCCCUCUCGCCGCCGCAGCACUACAGCCGCCUGCCCGGCACCAUCUGGAGCUACACGCAGGUGCGGCGCACGGGCGGCGGCGGCCUGGAGACCCUGCAGGGUCCCGGCGUCUCCUGGAUCCACCCGGACGGCGUCGGCGUCCAGAUCGACACCAUCACCCCCGAGAUCCGCGCUCUCUACAACGUGCUGGCCAAAGUGAAGCGGGAGCGCGACGAGUACAAGAGGAAGUGGGAGGAGGAACUGACUAGAAGAAUGAGUCUGGAAUCUUUGGUAGAAACCUUGCGGGAGGAAGCGCAGGAAGCGGAAGCCCUUCAGGAGGAGUUAAAUGAAAAGAUUGAGAGACUGAAAGCAGAACUUGUUGUCUUUAAGGGUCUGAUGAGUGAUCCCAUGACAGACCUGGACACAAAGAUUCAAGAAAAGGCCAUGAAGGUGGACAUGGACAUCUGUCGGCGAAUCGAUAUCACAGCCAAGCUGUGCGAUGUAGCGCAGCAGCGCAACUCUGAAGACGUUUCCAAGAUAUUCCAGGUGGCUUCCAAGAAGAAAGAACGCAAGCUAACAUCUGAUGACGACCUCUCUGAACAGGAUGGAGAGAAUGGCAGGUUCUCUGACGAUGAGGUCAGCUGUUCUUUGAACAUCACCGAUGAAAUGAAGCGUAUGUUUAAUCAGCUACGUGAGACCUUUGAUUUUGAUGACGACUGUGAUAGUUUAACAUGGGAGGAGAAUGAGGAAACAUUGCUACUCUGGGAAGACUUCACAAAUUGCAAUCCGUCGAUUGACCUCCAAGGAGAGGAGGAAAACCUGGGAAACUUGAUUCACGAAACAGAAUCUUUCUUUAAAACAAGAGACAAAGAAUACCAAGAAACAAUAGGACAAAUAGAGCUGGAACUGGCUACGGCAAAGAGUGACAUGAAUCGCCACCUUCAUGAAUAUAUGGAAAUGUGUAGUAUGAAAAGGGGCCUGGAUGUACAAAUGGAAACCUGUCGUAGACUUAUUAAAGGCUCUGCUGACAGGAAUUCUCCAUCUCCCAGCUCUGUAGCCAGCAGCGACUCAGGAAACACAGAUGAAAUUCAGGACGAGUUGGACAGAGAGGCGGAUGUGGAACCCAUGGUCAGCUGAUACGUAUUUGGAGCAUUCCAGGGAAAGGGAAAAUUUGAGAAAAGAUUAAAAAAACAAUACAUGGAUGGAGGAAAAAAGACUUUUAAGCCCGUGCACAGGGUUUCUAAGGACUCAUUCCUACACGCAUCCCCACCCCACCCAAGGAUUGGUGCUGUAAAUUUCUACUGUUAUACAAAUCAUAAAUGCAGAGUCCUGUAAGAAAACAUGGUGUUUUAAUUGUGCCUUUGCCCCAAGCUGAGCCACUUUGAGCUCCAGUGGAAUACUAAUAGCAGGUGUUUUUAUAAAAAAUAUUAUAAAAAAAAUCUGGCAGCAGCAAAGAUUGGUGCUGCAAAGGCUCUGGGUAUUUCAAUAAGCUUAUGGUUUUAUUGAACUGCUGCACUGAUUGGCAAAAGGAACACUGGCAAAUUGAGAAGCGAAUCCAGGACAAUUAAGGUAUGAUUAAAAAUGUCUGGCAUAAAAAAGAAUGCCUCCAAAUUGAACUGUAAACACUUAAAAAUAAUAGUGGGUUUAGAGAGAGCUUUUAGGAUUAAGCAGCUAUACAGUAUUUAAAGGAAUUUCUUCAUUCCAUCUUUCUGGGUGAAGGAGCUUUUGAGAUCUGCACAAGCUUUCUGCUAAACUCGAGAAUCCGACAAAGCAGGUCUCAGCUCGGUGGCAAAGCGGGUGGCAAAAGGAGGGGUCAGUGGGGUGGGAAUAUCACUGAUAAACUACUAUGCAAAAAAAAGCUCGCCUUAUUUAUAUGGAAUGUUUGGUCCUUGCUGGGCUGCAGUUAUCUCUUGGGGAAAGGAAAGCUAAAACCACAUUUGCACAUGUUAGUUAUCUGUAGAGCUUCCUUUGAGGAGGAAUGUCUUGUUACAAAGCCUUUGUUUCCAGUGAUUGGAUUAUGAGGGGAAUCAGCCCUUCGGUUCCCCCAGUAUUUUCUUUUUUUUUCUUUCUUUUUUUACUGUAAUGUUUGCAGAUUUUACUUUGACUGGGAGAUAACUACAUUUUUUGCUGCUUUCAUGAUGUUUAGAGUGGGAUAGUCAAAGCAUCAGGAUAAACUGACAUGCCAUGCUAUAGAUGUAGGCUUGAGACGGGACUUUGGGAGAGUUCCAGACCACUGUUCUUCAGAGAAGCUGGAAAUCAGAAAAUACUGUAAUCCUUUUUAGGGCGUAGUAAAAUGAAUCCCAAACUACUGCUGUCCUAGAAUUAGGGAAGAAGAGCCAUGUGCUUUCUCUGUGAGAAAGUGAGAAGACCUGGGCUUUAUUUGUCAGUCUCUCUGUAUUUUUGAAACCAGAGAAAGCAGCAUCAGAAGUCUGAUUACUUGGUAACAGAGGGAACUCUGGCAUGAACAGGCUGUUUAUGGUCAUUAAGGGGAGUUGUAGCACCUCAGCCAGGUAAAAACAGGGUGUAAACCUAAGCCAAUACACUUCUCUUGUUGUUAUUUUUUAGGCCCAGGUGGAAAGUACGGUUAAUACUGCCUAAAAGUUACUGUAGAGUUAACUAGCACUUGCAUGACUUGAGUAUAAAUACCAAAUGUAUGGGGUUUUUUUUUCCUGCCAGAAAACUUAGAAACUGUUAUGGAAGGAGCAGUGCUAAGGCUGGACAGGGAAAAACCGGAUUAAAGCACCUUCUCAGUGUUUUGUGGAGCUAAGAUGGCCAACGUUUUAGCUUCCUGAGUUUUGUUUCUAAGCCUCUCCCACUUAUUGAUCUGCGAUCAGUGGGAUUGCUUUGUAAGCAAGCAGCCGGGGCUGACCAGCGUUGCUUCCUUCCUAAAGGGCCCGAGUGUUUCAGUGGAUGAUGGUGCGUUUCCAGGCAGAAGGCGCCUCUCCGUCCUGCCGGGCGAA